GCGCAGGUGCUCUUUCCCCCAGUCACUACCUGUAAAAAACCUUGCAUACCACCAAAAGCCUACCGCUACGUGCAAUCUUCUGCACGACGUCUCGCACAAUGGGAAUAUUUCAGCUUUGUGUGCGAAAUUUGCUUUACACUCAACAAUGCGACGUGUAACUCAAGCUGGUCCAAUGAACUCGAAGCGCCGAUGGUCCGUCGUUUAUCCUGAGGACACCAACAAGACUAUGUUAAAGCCAAAAUGGCCGCAUCCAAAGUCUCAGAAAAGACCAACGGAUCGCUCGCUUUAGAUGGUCCACCAUUCGUUCGCACAAGCUCAGGAAAGCUGGUGGCGGGUCUCAGUCAACUUUGGCGUGCAGAAUAUUCUUCAUGGAUUCAAGUCCCCUUUGUUCAAGGUGGCAAAAGCAAUGUGGAACGUAGCCAGUCAGACUACGUUCUGUGGCGAGAUAUUGAUUAUGGACCAAAAUCAACGAUCAUAAAGAUGUACUCAUGCAUGCAAGGUUGUGGCCAAAGCUUUGAGAGCCCCGCCAAAUUGAAGAAACACCAGGCGAUGCAUGGUCGAGCCCGAGCUCCCGAAAAACCCUGCCCUUUUGCAAAGGACGGUUGUACCUUCACAGCGGCCAACAUGCUGAAGAUGGAGGCCCACGUCUCCAAGCAUACUGGUGAGAAACGUCACACCUGCCCUGAAAGGGGAUGUGAUUUCAAGACCACUAAUGCCGGUGCUUUGGCCCGCCACCGCAUGGCUCAGCACGGUUACGUCUCAAGGAGCGGAAGGACUUCUGCCAACUAUCAAGCGAGGAACGAGAGUCAAGCUUCAUCCAGCUCUCAAGCGAGGACCGUGGACCCGCACUAUCCUCACUAUCCUCCCGUGCCAGCCAAGCACCAGGUCCCUGAUGCUCACAAUUUCUAUGGGGUUUCUGGCCCCCACAACGAACCGUACGAAUUUCCUCGUCCCUAUCCGGCUGAAAAUGAAUACAUCGAGCUUGUGGAAGAUUCCGAGACGUUUGACGAAAGGGACAUUUUCUAUCGCCCAUGCGAGACUGGAGGAUUUUACCCCGAGGCUAUGGAGAGAACCACUGCGGGCGCUAUCACCCCCGGAUUUUUGUUUAACAAGAAGUAAUUUGCAGAUAGAAGAGAUGCGAGAGGAAAGUCUACCUCCGCUAGUUUGGUGUUGAGAAACUUGUAUAGUCGAGCAACCCAUCUUGUAUUAUUUCAGAGCUGGCCUUGUUUGUAUUCAUAUUCUAUUGCACACUUUUAUUGACUU